CGUUUAUCAGCGUCGACGUCUCCACGGAGGUAGCACCAAGGAUCUGCCUCGUGCAGGAAGCUCGCCAGCUACCUGCCAAUAACGUCGGCGACUAUCGAGGAAGCGUGCGAGGUGCCCAAGAAGAAGUAGCAGGUGGCCAGGGAAAAUAUCGAGAGAACGUGGAUCUUGCUCAUGAUCUUCGAAGAAGCUCAUACAAGUUUUUCGAGACACUUCGACCCCAGAUUUGCGCCAGCCCUUCGCACUACAACGCCUAAUAGGGCGCCACGAUCUGCCUGAUUUGAAUCUCGAUCUCGGACGACAAGGGUCAGCUUGACAGCAGCACACGCGGUAAGACCCUUUGGGCAGUCAUGUCAAGCACACGUGGUAAGCUCACCGCCGAUACCGUCGACGGUAUCGGUUCUGCCUCGGAUUCCAGGCCAGAAAGUGACAAAACGAAACGACGGGCAACAUCCUCGCCAAGUAGUGAAAGGGGUCGCAUCAAGAGGGCUGUUGAGGUGGCAUGUUGGCCAUGUCGCAAGCGGAAGGCAAAGUGUUCUGGAGAACGACCCUCUUGCGGGCCUUGCACACAACGCGGAGUUGAUUGCUCGUAUGAAUACGAAGAGGGAUUGACGAAACUCGGUUGGCUCAAGAUGAAGCUUGACGAGGCGACAGCCAAAUCAGAUAAUCUAGAAUUCCUGUUCGACCAGCUGCGCACGAGGUCGGAUGAAGAGUCGUCCAUGAUACUUGCCAUCAUUCGUCUGGGAGCAGAUCUCGAAAAGGUCGUCAGCCAACUGAAGGAGGCCCCACAACAAGUCUUCAGCAAAGACAAUGCCCUCAAUAUCGACCACUUCAUGACAGACAGCGGCGAUGCUGAUAUUAAAGAAGAACCAGCUCCAACGCCGCAUGUCUCCCCCGAACAGUCGACAAUGUCGGGUAUAACAAGAGGUCGCAUCGCGUAG